AUGACGAACCUGGAAAGCUCACAUAACACAUAUAUAAUUCCUGCAUUAAUGAUCCUGAAGUGGCAAUUUGAUAAUGCUGCUGACUAUGAUUGGGGCGUAAGUGAAAGUCGAGGAUACGCUUGUGAAUAUGUCGCCUGGCAGAUUGUCUGUCAUCUUAAUCAGCGGGAAACUCUUGAAUACCUGCUUGAGGAACUCACAUGGCCCACACAGAAGGCUAUCAACCUUCCUCAAGCGGAAAUGGGUGCUUCCGGGUAUGCCUCUGCCGCUACUACUAAUCACAGGACAUUAGAAGAGGAUGAGAGAGCACCCUUGUUGCUGAGCUCGUCCUCAUCUUUGUAUCGUUUCUUUGGCGGCACGAGGCGUCUAGGUAGCUCACUUGAGGAUGAUAAUCGAGGAUCCCACGAUUUUACACAUGAUGCGUAUGAACUGGAGAAGUUCUCCCUUUUUUUUGGGCUAAAUGCUCUAGAGAUUGCAACUAUUGCCCACGCAAAGAAAUUUCUCAGCCAAAAAGUGGUACAGAGAGUCAUUGACCAUAUCUGGAAGGGAGAAAUUGUUUUCUGGGAUACCUUGAGUGUGCACUCGACAAAGAGGCCACACUUCUUCAAUAAAAGGACAGCGGAUCCUUAUUCUCGGUUACGGGUUCCAGUAUAUCGCAAAGCGUUUGAAGCGGCUUUCUUUGUCUCUUUCUUAUUCUUAUACUAUGCGGUCCUAGUUGAACGAAAGUCGACGGGUAUAGGAAUCUUCGAAACGCUGAUGUAUUUCUGGAUCGCUGCCUUCGCUUAUGAUGAAGUAAGCGGAAUGGCAGAUGCGGGGAUGCUUUUCUAUCAGAUGGACUUCUGGAAGCUAUGGAAUAUGGGAAUCAUAGGCACCGGGCUUGCCUUUGUUGUUUCAAGGAUCAUCGGGUUGGCCGAAGAUAGCGAGUACAUUACAGACUUGUCAUUUGAUAUACUUUCAUUAGAGGCAUUAUUCCUAGUUCCAAGGCAAGUUUCACUUGCUGUUACUAAGUUUCAAGUCCACGUUUACGAUCUGACGGUGGCAAACAGGAUAUGCUCACUUGUCAGCCUCAAUUCCUAUUUUGGGAGUCUUAUACCUGUUUUGAAGGAGAUGACAAAGUCGUUUUUCCGGUUUAUGCCCGUUGUAGUUGUCCUAUACAUUGGGUUCUUGACGACGUUCACCAUGCUUGCCCGUGACCGACUUUCUCUCAGGCAAAUGUCAUGGAUUUUGGUGAAAGUUUUCUUUGGAUCGAACGUCUUAGGCUUUGACAUCGCUCACGAAAUUUCCCCGAUCUUCGGCUACGGUUUGAUGCUAAUUUUUGUCUCGAUGACGAACCUUUUACUGAUCUCUUCUUUGGUCAGUCUCAUGAGCAUGAGUCUGGAAGGGGUUAUGGCUCACGCUCGCGAAGAAUAUCUUUUUCAAUUAUCUAUUUACGUGUUGGAAAGCAGUAAUUCCCGAAGACUAACCUAUUUCAUGCCACCAUUGAACCUCAUCCCUCUGCUUUGUAUCCGCCCGUUGAGGCUCUUUCUGCCUGCGGAGCAUAUCCGCCGGGUGCGCAUCGUUUUGCUCAGAGCAACACACCUUCCCUUUGUUGCACUCAUCUGGGCCUAUGAAUCUAGUCGCCGCUAUGUUUCGCGGCGAAAUACUAGUAGUCAAUGGCCCCCGACAGCCACAGCACGGGGAAGCGGUCGCCCCGUGUCAUCGAUUCAGACGGGCUUAGCUUUCUCCACAGCUGAUGCUCGUUCUUUAAGUUCCGGUAGGGCCAGAAAACAACCUAACCCAGAGCAGUAUAUUGGGGUGCGUGGACGAAACGCGGGCCCGGCCGAAAGUGUUGACCUCGCAGAUAUGAUCGACGAGGUGGAACGGUUGCGCACUCAAGUGGAGCGAGUGGCAGCCACAGUCACCCUUCACCACCGAGUUCAAUAA